AUGACGAUAUCGGAGAACAAACGGAAUCUUGAAGCUGGCUUGUUACUGAACAAGAAUAAAAACGACAUCAACGAGUGUCGUAUCACUGCCGUUGUGGUUUUCAGUACUUUCGUCUCUGUUUGUGGCUCUUUCUGCUAUGGUUGUGCGGCAGGUUAUUCAUCAGUUGCUCAACCAGGGAUCACAAAAGAUUUAGGCCUCUCUGUUGCACAAUACUCGAUGUUUGGGUCACUCAUGACUUUCGGUGGGAUGUUCGGCGCCAUCUUCAGUGGGAAAGUCGCGGAUCUCAUUGGUAGAAAAGGGGCAAUGUGGUUAGCUCAAAGUUUCUGCAUCGCCGGUUGGCUAGGAAUAGCAUUUGGGAAGGACGCGACAUGGUUAGAUGCCGGAAGACUAUCUAUUGGAUUUGCAGUUGGUUUAUUCAGCUAUGUGGUACCAGUUUAUGUUGCAGAAAUAACACCAAAACAUGUUCGAGGAGGAUUUGUUUUUUCUAAUUUGCUGAUGCAAAGUUGUGGGGUGUCAUUAUAUUAUGUCAUUGGAAAUUUUAUUCAUUGGCGUAAAUUGGCGUUAAUCGGUCUCAUUCCAUGUGCGGUGCAAGUGAUAACUUUGUUCUUCAUUCCAGAGUCCCCUAGAUUGCUGGAAAAAUGGGGACGUGAUAAAGAAUGUAGAGCUUCAUUGCAGCGUCUCCGUGGAAAUGAUGCUGAUGUCUCUGAAGAAGCUAACGCUAUCAAAGAAACCAUGGUGCUGUUUGAUCAAGGACCAAAAUCGCGGGUUAUUGAGUUGUUUCAGAAAAGAUAUGCUCGAUGUCUUGUUAUUGGUUUGGGGUUAAUGCUUUUGCAACAGCUCUCUGGAAGCUCAGGGCUUAUAUUCUAUGUCGGUAGCGUCUUUGAGAAAGGAGGUUUGCAAAGUAGCAUUGGCUCAAUGAUUCUUGCGGUGAUCCUGGUACCGAAAUCUAUAUUGGGUCUGAUUUUGGUUGAAAAAAUAGGACGAAGGCCGCUUCUGUUGACUUCUAUUAGUGGAAUGUCUUUUUUCAGCUUGCUCCUUUCGUUCUCGUUUUGCUUUCGGUCAUAUGGCAUGCUCGAUGACUUCACUCCAGCUUUGACAUGUAUCGGCGUGGUGGGUUUUAUCGCUACAUUUGCCGUAGGUAUGGGAGGCUUACCAUGGGUUAUCAUGUCUGAGAUUUUUCCAAUGAAUGUUAAAGUUUCUGCUGGGAGUCUGGUUACUUUGGCCAAUUGGUUCUUUAGUUGGAUGGUAGCUUUCGCCUACAACAUCAUGAUCGAAUGGAAUCCAUCAGGAACAUUUUUGAUAUUCUUUAGUAUAUGUGCUGCGGGUAUAGCCUUCAUUUAUGCCAUGGUACCCGAAACCAAAGGAAAAACACUUGAAGAAAUACAAGCUUCUCUUACCGAUGUAAUACAAUGA